AUGGGCAAUCUUGGUGACCUGUCGCCCCAAGGGAGUGUCGCGGUUGGAGUGAUUGUCGGGUUGAUCUCGACCAGUUUCCAGGCCAUUGGGCUGACCCUACAGCGCAAGUCGCAUAUUCUCGAAGACGAAAAACACCCCUACGACAUACGCAGGCCUCCAUAUAAGCGUCGAAGAUGGCAGCUGGGGAUGUUGAUGUUCGUGAUUUCGAAUAUCGUAGGGAGUACUAUCCAAAUCACCACAUUACCGCUUCCGGUUCUGUCGACUCUCCAAGCGUCCGGACUCGUCUUCAAUACCAUCUUCGCCACCUUGAUCUUGGGUGAACCCUUCACCAGAUACUCCCUCGUGGGCACCGUCCUCGUCUGCAUUGGCGCACUCCUAAUAGCCAUCUUUGGGGCUAUUGGAGAGCCCGCGCAUUCACUCGAUCAACUCCUCGAACUACUCCAACGACGAGGGUUUAUUCUGUGGAUGGUGGGAACUGCUGUAAUGGUGCUGGCCAUCUUACUGGGUUCCAAACUAUUGAAGUAUCUCACAACCGUGUAUCGGGGGAAACAUUCGAGUAUCCGCCAUCCCUGUAAACCGUGUCUUCAACUGCCUCCAAGCCGUAUUCGGCUUAUACGAGGGUUAUGCUAUGGCCUGAUAAGUGGGAUUUUAUCAGCACACUCUCUCCUGCUAGCCAAAUCGGCCGUUGAACUACUGGUGCGGACGAUUGUGGACCGUGUGAACCAAUUUAACCGGUGGCAGUCCUGGGUCAUUUUGCUCACCAUGAUCACACUUGCUCUGUCGCAGCUAUUUUAUCUCCACCGGGGUCUUAAACUAUGUAGCACCAGUGUUCUCUAUCCGUUCGUCUUCUGCAUCUACAAUAUCAUCGCCAUUCUUGACGGUCUCAUUUAUUUCCGCCAAAUGUCCCAGCUGGCAGGCCUCCAUGCUGGGUUGAUUGCCCUCGGCACGAUCGUGUUACUGAGCGGGGUACUAUGUCUCUCAUGGCGCUUGGAGGUCAUUGACAGCCAUGCAUCCGUCACAGUUCCUGCGCCCUCCCAGGCAGCACUAGGACCAGGGAUGGUUAUCGUCGACGAGCAUGCUCACCUGCCUAUUGACCUAGAACUUGACGAGGAGGACGCCCAAGUCGGGGAACGCGAACCCCUCCUCCAAACCACACCUCCUUACCGCAGAAUCCCUCACCAACGCACCCCCAGCCUCCCUCUCCUUACCGCAUCACAACAACGGAGUUCCACCGACCUGGACCCAGCUUCGAUCUGGGCCGAGCUUGACGAUUCCGAUUAUGACUACACUAAUGCUGACAUCCAAUCCCCUUUACUCCACCGCGCCUCCAUCGACCCAUUCAAACCCCGCCCAAGAAGCAAGACCCUGUCACUGAGGGACAACGCUUUAUGGGGCUCGCGCCAUCCCCCAAAUUCCCCUACCACUCAGCACACCUGGCACUCUCGCAAGCUAUCUCCAUCCGAACAACGAAGAUCCUCCAUUCCAGUCAUGGAUACCCGUAAGGCGCAACACAAACGACACGCAUAUUCCGAGGCUACUCGUCCCCGGAUACAGGGAUACGGUACACAAGAGGUCGUCGACCCUUCGGAUCGGACUCCCCACCGCCGGUCCCCGACUUGUCCAUCACACGUCCGGCCUGUCGCAGGCCCGAGGAGCACGAACAGGAACUGGAACAGCACCCUAGGCGGAGCCUGGACAACCAGUCUGCGCCACCUGGCUCGUUGGACGGGAUAUCGAGGCCGAGGACAACAUCAAUCGUCUGAUGAUCCCGAGUGCCCAUACCCAGACCCGAACACCGAGGACGGGAAUUGA